CCCCCAAAAAAAACCCUAAACUUCCCCACCCUCUGGCCAAUGCCUCCCCGCCACCUCCCACUUCACGCCGCCAGUGUGCGCGCGUUAUAAAGAGGUUGAAGGCUUGGUUGGUUGGUGGGUGGGCGGUGGGGAAAGCCGGCGAUAGCAUGCCUGGGUGCAGCCUGGUGCAAAGUUUGUGCCGCCCGGACGGGGCGAGGGUCUGUGUCCCGUCUCGGCCCAUCCCGCCCCUGACUCUCUCGCUGCUCCUACCGCUGUUUCUGCUGUGGCUGCAACUCCACGGCUCGGCCGCUGCCGCCGCCUCCAGCCCUUGCCCCCGGUUCUGCGAGUGCUCCGAGCCGCCGACCAGAGUGAAGUGCGUGAACAGGCAGCUGAGCUCCAUCCCCAGCGACAUCCCGGCCGGUGUGGAAAGGCUCUUCAUCACGGGCAACAGCAUCUCCACCCUCGGCGCCGGGGCGUUCGGCCAGCGCCUCGAACACCUGCUCAACCUCAACCUCAGCGACAACAAGAUCGAAAGCAUCGAGGCGCUGGCGUUCGCUUCCAUGCCCAGCCUCCGGCAGCUGGAUCUCAGCAAUAACCGCAUCUCCACGCUGCACCCUGAGGCUUUCGGUGGCGCAGGAGGAGGGGUAGCAAGUCCCCACAGUUUACAGGAGCUCAAUCUGAGCCGGGCGCUCCUCAACGGCUCGGUGGCGGAACAAGUUUCCGAUCUGCUCCAGAACGGUUCCCUCGCUAACCUGGUCCACCUAGAGAUGUCCGACAACGACCUCUUCUACAUGCCGGCCCGAGCCUUCUCUCGCUUGACCAGCCUGAGGCAACUGCAACUGAGGAACAACUCCUUUGUCUCCUUCAGAGACACUUUCCAAGACCUGAACCUUCAGCUGCUCGACCUGAGGUUCAACGCCCUGAAGACACUGGGCAACGGCACGAUGGCUGAGUUGAGCAGUCAGCCCCAGCUUAGAGUGGACCUGCGGGAUAACCCCUUCGUCUGCGACUGCGGCCUCAAGGAUUUCCGGGCUUGGCUUCAAAGCACCGACAAGGUGGUGGAGAAAGACAGCUUGCUCUGCUCGUCGCCCGAGAGCCUAGGAAAUAAACCCGUCCUCCAAGCUCGCUACUCCGAUUUGCAGUGUUCCUUCCAAGGGGACAUGGAGAGCGCGUUGCAAACUUCGUACGUCUUUCUUGGGCUGGUUCUAGCCCUGAUCGGGGUGAUCUUCAUGUUUGUCUUGUACCUGAACCGAAAAGGCAUCAAAAAGUGGCUUAACAACUUCAGGGAUGCAUGCCGAGACCACAUGGAAGGCUACCAUUACCGCCUCAUGCUAGAAAAUAUGAAUUACUUAUGAAAUCAUGUUUCCAUUGAUGGACCACAAUAGACCGGGUGUCGUGGCGCUGGACUGACUAUGUGGCGAUCAGCCUGGCCCAACACAAGGUUGAUUUUGCAGCCUCCACCGCUCCUUGCCACUGCUGCAGGCUGGCGCUCGCUCACCCGGCCUGUAGCAGCUACCUCGUCUUCCUGCCCCAACUCCACAACCAGUGGCUUCUGCAACCUCAUCGACUGCUGCCUCCCGCAGCCACCCGCUCCGCUUCCAUGCACCAAGGUCGCCCUGUACUAGGUCCCAGAAAUGACCACGGACAUUUGUGGUGCUUUCCGAGAGGAGCAGAAUGAUCAGAGAAGGCAACGUUCUUCACGUAUCUACAUAUCCCGCAGCGCAGCGCAGCUCACACCCUCCAACUGACACCGCCAUCUGAACCAGAAACGCCCACAGCGGGCAGUCCAGUGGCACAGCGGUCGAGACCCAGGCUCAAGCGUGACCUCAGGUUGCUUGUCUGUGUCUAGUUUGCAUGCUCUCAUGAUGAAUGAAUAAGUUUAUUGGCCAAGUAUGUACACAUACAAGGAAUUUGGCUUGGUGCUCCGCUCGCAAGUAACAACCCGACAUACAGUAAACCAUUAAGAAUGAAAUAUAAAACAUUUAAACAUUAAGACGAAAACAUUCUUAAGCGAUCUUUUGCAAGAUCUUACAAGCCUAAGAACAUUCAAAAUAGUGGCGGCACAGUGGCGCAGCGGUAGAGUUUGCACGUUCUCCCAGUGACCGUGUGGGUUUUCUCCGGUUGCUCCGGUUUCCUCCCACAUCUCAAACACAUGCAGGUUUGUAGGUUAAUUGGCUUCUGUAAAUUGUCCCUACAUAGCGUGUAGGACUUUGAACUCGUGAACAGGUGAUCGAUGGUCAGCGUGGACUAGGUGGGACGAAGGGUCUGUUUCCAUGUUGCAUCUCUAAGCUAAACUAAACUACUUUCAAUCCACAGACGCUGCUUGACCUGCUGGCUGCCUCCAGCACUCUCUCCUUUGUUCACAGAAUCUUUGGCCUCCUUCUCAGCCUUGUAACUGAUACAGAAAACAGAGAGAUGCCUUGCCCAGCGCAAUUACCGUAAUAAAUCAGUGUGUCAGGCAGCAUCUCUAGAGAACAUGGAUAAGUGACGUAUCGGGUCAGGACCCCACUUCAGACUGAAUUUUCAUUACCUAUCCAUGUUGUCCAGAGAUGCUGCCUGAUCCGCUGUGUUUAGUUUAGUUUAGAGAUACAGCACAUAAAUAGGCCCACACACUAGCACUAUCCUACACACAGUUUACAAUCUUUACCAAAGUAAAUUAACCUACAAACCUGUACAACUUUGGCCUGUGAGAGGAAACCGGAGCACCCGGGAAAAAUCUGUACACACAGACAGCAUCCGCAGUCAGGAUCGAACCCGGGUCUCUGGUGCUAUACGGCAGCAACGGUACCACGCAAUUACUCCAGCGCUUUAUGUCCUUUUGUGUAAACCAGCAUCUGCAGUUCAUUCUUUCUACACUUACUGCAAUACUUGAAGGUCUCCAGAACUGGCCAGAGGGCGACCACUCUUGCAGUCUCUGGAUGUUGCCACAUCAGAUGUAAAUAAUGUUCUGAUCAGAAACCUGCUCUAGUGCCUAAAACGAUGGUUGGUGCUUUCUGACUGCUCCGGAUAAAAAUGAAUAAAAUGUUCUUUACAUCCAUUGAAAUGUAAUCUGUGAUACUGUAUCUAAUUUAAUCUAAAGGCUGUUCUUUUGAUCUUGGAUACAAAAAGGUUCAUUUUCUGAAAAUGAAUAUCUCAUUCUACAACCACAUUUUGCAGCCACGAGACAAGAGGUUUAGUUUAGCUUCAGAGAUACAGCAUGGAUACAGGCCCUUCCACUCACCGAGUUCACGCCGGCCAUCGAUCACCCGUUCGCACUAGUUCGAUGUUAUCCUGCUUUCUCAUCCACUCCCUACACACUAGAGGCAACGUACAGAGGGCUAAUUAACCCGCACUUGUUUGGGAUGUGGGAGGAAACCGGAGCACCCAGAUCAAUCACAGGGAGAGCAUGCAAAUUCCACACUGCAGCACUCGAGGUCAGGUGAAUUAAGCACAAGAGUUGGGACAUUAUCUUGCAACUGUACAGGAUAUCACAUUCAGAGUACUGUAGUCGCCCUGCUGUAGGAUGGAUGUCAAUAAGCUGAGAACAGUGCAAAAAAGAUUUACAAAGCUAUUACUGGGUCUGGAAGGUUUGAGUUAGCUGGAAAGGUUGAACAGACUGGGUCUUUUUUUCAAUGGUUCAAUUGUUCUUUAUUGUCACGUAUAUGGAGGUACGGUGACGUUUGAUUCACCAUACAGUCAUACCAAAAAAUCAACAAGAUCCAAAACUCCAUAGAAAUGUAAACAUAAACAGCCACCGCAGUGGCGUGUGAGAAUCUCUUGGGCACACAGCAUAAGCGGAGACUCACAGCCAUCAGUUUAAUGUCCGGGCCACACACACACUCCUUCACCGUGAAGUGACCAGAGUUGUACCGACUGCUGUCACUCUCUCUGCAGUCCCUGUCUGCCCGAACAGUCAGAAAGCCGUCUACACUCGCACUAGACUCCGGGCGCGAUGUCCCCGCAAACACCGAGAUCACUGCACUCACGGCACUCCCUCUGAGUCCCCACCAACGCAGGCAGCACGCCCAUCUUGUUUUUCGGUGACCUCAUAUUCCCCACAGUGAUGGAAGACAAAUACCUUUUACCCACUUUGGCCUUUUCUCCCGCCGUCGGGACGAUCGACCCUGCAACGUAGGAGACUGAAGGAUGACCUUAUGGAAGUUUAUAAUAUUCUUAGGGGCACAGAUAACACGGUGCCCCCCGCCUUUUACCCAGAGUAGGGGCGUCUAAAAUUAGAGGGCACAGGAUUAAGGUGAGAGGCAAAAGAUCUAAAAAGGAUCCGAAGGACAACGUUUUCACACAGAGAGUGGUAUAUACGAUACAAUACGAUAUGAUAGGACUUUAUUUAUCCCAGGAGGGAAAUUGAUCUGCCAAGGGGGAGGAGAGUCACUCAAUCUCAGUCUACUCCAAAACAGAAGGGGGAAGGGUUGUACAGUUUGAUAGCCACAGUGAAGAAGGAUCUCCUGUGGCGUUGUGUGCUGCAUCUUGGUGGAACUAGUCUAUCGUUGAAGGUGCUCCUCAGGUUGACCAGUGCGUCAUGGAGGGGGUGAGCUGUGUCGUCCAAGAUGCUUCGCAGUUUGAGGAACAUCUUCCCCACCAAGACCACCUCCCAUGAAUCCACCUCUGCCCCCGGGAAAGAGCUGGCAGAGGAAGUGGUAAAAGCAAGAACAAUUAUGUAAUUUAAAAGAUGCUUGGACAAGUACAAUACAAUAAAAUAUACAAUACAAUACCAUUUAUUUGUCAUUUGAACCUCACAUGAAGUUCAAACUAAAUUUGGUUUCUGCAGUCAUACAACAAGAAAAGAACCAAGACACACACCAACACAAUUUACACAAACAUCCAUCACAGUGAAUCUCCUCCUCACUGUGAUGGAAGGCAAAGUCUUGUCUCUCCCCUGCUCUCCAUUCCUCUCCCAAUGUCAAAGUCAAAGCCCCCGGCGGUCGCUAG